AUGUCUCUGUCUCUCUCUGUCUGUCUCUCAGCAGUGCAUUCAUUCACUUUCGCCAUAAGUCCAUUUUCCUCUCUCUGGAACCGGGCACUGUUCUGUUUCUUUCCUCCUUACCUCUCUCCCCAGACUUGAGGUCUCAGGCAAAGUAGGCAAGAGCGUGAGAAACCCUCCUCGGAUCCAACAUGGCUGAGGCUUCGAAGCACAUUCCCAUCACCGGCGGGACCCUGAUCUCAGACCUCAAGAGCCUCUUCCCCGUCCUCAAAACCAGAAGAACCGUUGUUUUAGCAUAUGGGUUCGUGUUUGCUUUUGUUGCUUUCACAGUUUUCUUAGCUUUCAGCCCCUCUCCCAACGCUGCUUCUCCUUGGUUCAUCAACAUCUUCAGUGGCAGUGAUAGCAGUAGCAGUAAUGCCUCGGCAAGUGACUCUUACAGAUCUCGAUUCUCUCCUUUUUUCUCGCACUUCUUGCCCAACAACUCAUCCCCACAAGAAGUUCGUAACUUUGCUUCUCCUCCUUCUCAACAAACCAGCGCUUCUAGAUCUAGUAAUGACACAUUCCAAUCUCCUAAUCUCGCUAAAGAACCAUCCACUGUGAACAACCGUACUCAAAGUACAGAGAUUUCUCACAAGGGUAAAGUCCCAGACACAAAUCAGUCUGUAGUUGUUGCCCCAGAGGCUCCGGUGGCAGCCAAUCGCAGUGCAAGUCUGCCGAAAAAUUCGGCUCCUAACGUGAAUAGAGAACCACCCUCUGUGGAAAAUCAAACUUCUAGUUCUGAAAAUUCUGAUAAAGUGACAGUUGUAAAAGCAAAUCAGAGUACAAUUGCCGCCCCAAAAGCCCCGGUGGCUCCAAAUCAGAGCGGGAGUCCGACAGGGAAAUCGGGUUCCUCUGAUACGAGCAAUUCUGAGAAAGAAGGGAAACUUGUUGGAGGGAAAGAUGAGAUAUCGAACCCCACGGCUUCGCAAUCGAAGAAAGAGAGCAAUGGAACUAAUUCAGUUGUUACGCAAGGGAAGGAUAGUUUGGUGGAAUCUUUGAUGAACUGUGAUUUAUUUGAUGGGGAAUGGGUGAGGGAUGAUUCGUAUCCGCUUUACGAACCCGGGUCUUGCCCACUGAUCGACGAGCAGUUCAAUUGUAUUUCUAAUGGCAGGCCCGAUAAAGAUUACCAGAAAAUGAAAUGGAAACCUAAGGGAUGCAGUCUCCCAAGAUUGGACGGAAGUAUUUUGUUGAAUUUGUUGAGAGGCAAGCGGCUAGUUUUUGUGGGUGAUUCUCUGAAUAGGAAUAUGUGGGAGUCUCUGAUUUGCAUCUUGAGGAACUCAGUGAAAGAUCAGACCAAGGUUUAUGAAGCAAAUGGUAGACACCAUUUUCGUGGGGAAGCUUCGUACUCUUUCGUAUUCAAAGAUUAUAAGUGCUCCAUAGAGUUCUUUGUAUCUCCUUUCUUAGUUCAAGAAACAGAAACGCCCGACCAACAUGGAUCAAAGAAGGAAACGCUUCGUCUUGAUUUAGUGGGGAGAUCUUCUCAUCAAUAUAAAGGGGCAGAUUUCAUCAUCUUUAACACUGGACACUGGUGGACUCAUGAAAAAACUUCCAAAGGGAAGGACUAUUAUCAAGAAGGAAGCCAUGUCUAUGGCGAGCUGAAUGUUCUUGAGGCAUUUAGAAAAGCUUUAACUACAUGGGCCCGAUGGGUUGAUGCCAAUAUAAAUCCAUCGAAGUCUCUGGUCUUCUUCAGGGGUUAUUCUGCCUCCCAUUUCAGCGGUGGACAGUGGAAUUCUGGCGGGCAAUGCGACCAGGAGACUCAGCCCAUCAAGAAUGAGACGUAUCUGCGGCCAUAUCCACCUAAGAUGAUGGUUUUGGAGAGAGUUCUCAGAGGCAUGAAAACUCAUGUCACCUACCUGAAUAUUACAAGAAUGACAGAUUUCCGGAAGGAUGGCCAUCCUUCAAUAUACCGGAAGCAGAGCCUGUCUGAGGAGGAAAGGAGAUUGCCGCUAAGGUUCCAGGACUGCAGCCACUGGUGCCUGCCCGGCGUUCCUGAUGCAUGGAAUGAGGUUCUCUUUGCUGAGCUCUUGAUUAAACAGCACCAAAAGCAGCAACAGCAGAAUUAGGUAAAACUGCACAAACAUAGGGGGGGCUGCAUCCACGUUUUAAUUAAUCGUUGAGGCGCAAUCACGCGUAUGUGAAAUAUAGUUUUUGACAAACACGCUACGUGAGAUGAAAUUGAGAAAGAGCAUUUAUAUAUUAUGAAGGAGAAGAAGAGAUGGAAAAAGAAAUGAAAAGAUUGGUGGAAGAGGUCAAUCCGUCGUGUAAUCAAAUCUCUGUUCAUAUGACUGAAAAACAAAGGGUAGAGGUUUCCCACUUCCCGGUUUAAGGUUUCCCAGGAUUCACUUCAUAUUCUUUUGGCUAAAGCCUCAAAGGUUCUCUGAGGAUUGUAAAUCGAUCUCAUAUUAUUUAAAAAAAAAUAAUAAUAAAUAAAGCAAUUGUUGUAA